UCAAAAAACAUGAUAUCGCGUCGAGAUAAACUUCUAAAUUACCCUUGGGAACAGCGACGGUACGAACAACAUCGAGAAAAAGUGAAAUCCGCCAAAGCUGCCAUUGAUCGUUCACCGCCCAUCUUCUAUCCUCAUGUGGUGCAAAAAGCCAAGAAACAGCAAUCGGAAAGGGAAAGAAUACUCAACGUUGAAGCGGAAAAUGUUCGCCUCCUGCAAAGUCUAUCGGAUAUUAUGCGCAAUAAACGCAUGUCGGAUUUCUGGAGGGAGCCACGACCAAAUUUUUUGAAUCGUGAAAAACUCUUUGAAAUUCGUCCAAAAAGUACCCACGUCAAUUGGUCGCCAAUGGAAAGUCUAAUGGAGAGUGUUAGAACCACGGCAUCGGCAAAACGUAAUGCCCGUUGCCCAACCUGCAGCGGUCGUCCAGAGAAACCAAUGACUAUAAUUCCCGAAGCUCGCAUACCAUGGCAACCGCCACGCAUUACCUUCAACAAAAGACUGAUGAACAGCUGCUAUUUACCGAGUAAAGUGAAUUUCGGACAGAAAAAAUAAUAUUUUAUCGAAUUUCGUAAUAAAAUGUGUAAAAAAUUUA